CUCCCUCGCCUUCACUCGGCGGCGGCAGCAGCAGCAGGGUGUGUCGAUCUGAAGCUCCGCCAUCGCCUUCACUUCACUCGGCAGCAAGCAACAAGGCCUCCAGCUCUCUUGCAGAUCUGCAGCUAGCUACUACGCUGAAAGCCGAACGGGCUCGGGGAUAGUUCGACUCGCAGCAGUACGUGCACAACGUGAUUGGAGAUUUAUUCAUAUAGAUAUUACUGCUCUUAAUUUGUUCAUAUAGAUAUUACUUCAUCAACUAGCUACCUGGGUAAUUGGGGAUUUGGAUCUAGCAGCUAGUAUAUAGGCUUAUACUAUAUAUGCAAACUUCGAAUUUGGUUACCUGGUGGUGCAUUUUUUUCUUCUGUUUUUCUUACAAAAUGUGAAAAACAAAUAGGCUGCUAGCAGGGGUCGAACUUGCAACCUUACCGCCGAAGUUAUAGCAGGUUAGCUACGACUAUGCUAGCAUAUUGAUUUUGCACCGAAAGAGUUCAAUAAUUAUGUGCUGUAUGUAUGCUAAAAGAAAUUGAAUUCAAAAUAAUGUUUGUAAUAUUUCGAGCGGUAUUUCUUGGUAUCCAUGGCAACCGCAAAUUACGGUACCCCUGGGUAAAAAUACUCAGUUCAGCCGCCAAAACAAUUGUUCAUAUAUACAUGAUAACCUUGCUAUUGUGUCCAGCAUAAAAAAACCUACUGACUACACAUGGACCACAAAGCCACUGCUGCAAGGAAUGUCCUAGCGCAAAUAUUAGCCGACGAAACCGCUGAGCCCAAGGCCCUGCCAUUAUCACUUUUGGAGGGCAUCACAAAGAAUUUCUCUGAUGAGCUGGAGAUUGGACGCGGUGGAUUCGCAGUUGUUUAUAAGGGAGAACUUGACGAUAAGGAGGUCGCUGUGAAGAGGCUAUCCAAAGCUUAUAUGCAUGAAACAGAAUUUGACCGGGAGAUUGAAUGCCUGAUGCGGGCAAAACACAAAAAUGUAGUACGAUUUCUAGGAUACUGUGAUGACAGACAAAGAAAUAUGGAAAGAUAUGAUGAGAAACUUAUCAUGGCAGAUGUCAACCAAAGAUUGUUUUGCUUUGAGUAUAUACCAAAAGGGAGUCUUGAUAAGUAUAUCAGUACGACCAUAUGACCUCUAACUUUUCUCCUUAGUUUCUUCAUGUACUAAAAAUUGCGUAAUGUGCCAUACAAGUAUAUAACAUUCAUUAUUUAAAAGAUUACACAUUAAGUAUCUCAAAUUCUAAACCCGGUUUCUCCUCUCCCCUUGAUAGAUGGACAUCGUGAGUGGGAAACAUGCUACAAAAUAAUCAAAGGGAUCUGUGAGGGUUUGCAAUACCUUCAUGACAAUCGUAUUAUUCACCUGGAUCUGAAACCCGCCAAUAUACUGCUCACCAAUGACAUGGUACCGAAAAUAACUGAUUUUGGCCUGUCAAGACGCUUAGAUGAAAAUCAAAGUCAAGUGCUUACCAAAAAUAUAUCAGGAACAAUGGGAUAUUUGGCACCAGAACGUUAUGAAGGGAGUGGAAUCACACGUAGGGGUGACUUGUAUAGUCUUGGCAUUAUUAUCAUGGAAAUACUAACCGGGCAAAGGGGACAUCAAGCUACUGAGGAUGUAGUUGAAAGUUGGAGUGAUAGGUUGGAGAGAUCAAAACAAGACACGCUCUACGAACAAAUACGUGUAUGCCACGAGAUAGCUUUAAAUUGCAUACAGUUCAAUCCAAAGGACAGGCCAGCUAGUGCACAAGACAUAAUUGACAGGCUUCAUGAAAUAGAAAGUAUCCAGGGCUUGUUUGACGAAAUAUUUUACUUUUCUCCCGAGUCGGCUCAACUGCCAGGCUCGGCUUAUGGUCUCGUCGAGACGAAGCAACCGCUAUCCACGAAGCUUGGCCCGCUUGCAGCGCCAAUGGUGGCGACGAAGAUGUCAUCGGCGUACGACAUGGUGGAGCCGAUAUCGUAUGUGUGUGUGAGCGUCGUAAAGGCAAGGGACCUGCCCACCAUGGACAUCACCGGUACGCUGCUGGACCCCUACGUGGAGGUGAAGCUAGGCGACUUCAACGGUGUGACGCGGCACCUGGAGAAGAUUGCCAACCCAGUGUGGCGACAGAUGUUCGCGUUCCCCACCACCCACCUACAGUGCAACCAGCUGCAGGUUAUCGUCAAGCACAAGGGCAUGCUCCAUGAUGACUUGGUUGGCCACGUCGUCUUCAACAUGUCCGACAUCCCUAGCCGCCUCCCGCCUGAUAACCGGUUGGCCCCAGAGUGGUACCACCUUUCUGAUGCACACGGCGAGAGGUUCCGCCACGGCCAUAGCCUUGGUGAGAUCAUGCUUGCCGUUUGGCUUGGCACGCACGCCGAUGAGGCCUUCCCGGAGGCGUGGCACUCGGAUGUGCACACCCUCUCCCGGAAGGGGCUCACCAACACGCGCACUAAGGUGUACUACUGCCCCAAGCUCAUCUACCUCAAAGUCGCCGUCAUAGCGGCACAGGACCUCAUCGGCACUACUGAGAAGGACAGACCGCCGGCGCAAGCCAUUGCCGAGAUCCAGAUGGGAAGACAAAUCAGGCGGACACGGCUGGGGCUCCCGCAGGGGUCGGCGAACCCGACGUGGAACGAGGAGUUCUUGUUCGUGGCCAGCGAGCCGUCCGAGGACCCGCUGGUAGUUACCGUGGAGGAGAAGGUCGAUGGCGGGAGGGACGAGCCCAUUGGCCGCGUUAUCAUCCCCGUGCCACACAAGGACGUGGCCAAGUCUUUGCCGUCCAAGUGGUUCAGCUUGUCGCACGUGAUGUUGGGGGACGAGGCGGCAGUGGACGUAACGGCGUCCACAACGUUGGCCUGCAGCAAGAUCCAGCUCAGGGUGUGCCUGGAGACGGCGUACCACGUGACGUACGAACCGGCGCAGUACAUCAGCGACCUCCAGCCGGCGGCGAAGAAACUCCGCAAGAGCGCCAUUGGCAUCCUGAAGGUGCAAGUCCUGGGCGCACGUGGCCUGGCCUCGGGCGUGGAGAACCCGUACGUCGUCGCCAAGCACGGCAAGAAGUGGGUGCGCACACGCACGCUCCUCAACACCACCGCGCCGCAGUGGAACGAGCACCACACCUGGGAUGUAUUCGACGUCAGCACCGUCAUCACCAUCGCCGUCUUCAACGAUUCCCACGGCGUUGCCAAUGACCAGAGGAUCGGCAAGGUGCGCGUUCGCCUCGCCACCCUCGAGACGGACCGCAUGUACACCCAGUACUACCCGCUCAUGGCGCUUACCCCGUCCGGGCUGAAGAAGACGGGGCAGCUCCAACUUGCAGUCUGCUUCACCUGUAAGUCGUGGGCCAAAAUGCUUGCCAUGUACGGCAAACCACUGCUGCCAAAGAUGCACCACACCAACCCCAUCUCCGAGCUGCAGCUGGACUACCUCCGUUUCCAGGCGAUGCAGAUGGUGGUGACGCGGCUGGGCAGGUCGGAGCCGCCGCUGCGGAGGGAGGUUGUGGAGUACAUGCUCGACGUCGAUUCCCGCAUGUUCAGCCUGCGACAGAGCAAGGCCAACUUCUACCGCAUCACCUCGCUCUUCUCAGGCGUCGUCGCCGUCGGCAAGUGGUUCGAUGGCAUCUGCAAGUGGAAGAACCCACUGACGACGAUUCUGGUGCACGUGGUAUACCUCAACCUGGUGUGCUACCCGAAGCUGAUCCUGCCGAUGGUAUUCCUGUGCUUGAGCAUGACUAUGGCAUGGAACUACCGGCGGCGGCCGCGGAAGCUGCCGCACAUGGACGCGGUGCUGUCCCGCGCGGACCUCGCACACCCGGACGAGCUGGACGAGGAGUUUGACACGUUCCCGACGUCCAAGCCGAGCAACAUCGUGCAGAUGCGGUAUGACCGGCUGCGCAGUGUCGCCGGCGGGGUGCAGACGGUGCUGGGCGACCUGGCUGCACAAGGGGAGCGCGCGCAGUCGCUGCUCCGCUGGCGCGACCCCAGGGUGACGCUCGUCUUCAUGACGCUCUUGGUGAUGGUGGCAGUCGUACUCUACUUGACCGGGAUGCCGUACCGGGUGGUGGCUAUGGUGACGGGGCUCUACUUCCUCCGGCCCCCGUGGUUCCGGGACAGCACCAAUCUGUUUUUCAACUUCUACAGCCGUCUGCCCUCCAAGGACGACAUGAUGAUAUAAAGGUCAUUGCGUGUACAUUUGUCUCUAUGUAAUACUAUCUUAUCUUAUAUUUUAGAUUUACUAACUGGAGGCACCAAUAAAGACUCCAAAUCAUUAGAAUUAAUUAAGCUGUUAGAUCUCGGAUUCAUGGCUAGGAUUAAUAAGCAAACAAAAGACUAUGCCAGGACGUGACAUACGUUACAAUAAAACGUACGUGCAAAAAGUAUAUGCAAAGGCAAAACAAGGAGAUUCUAAAAAAAGGCAAAAAAGAAGAUGGUUGAGACUAGGACUCCUAAUGAUAUACAUUUGACGUGACAUACAUGCUAAUAAAUCAUACCUGCAAAUCUAUAUG